AUGGUGGACCGACGAGCAAGCUCCGGAAAUAAAGGGCGAUCUGGCAGGAACAAACAAAGCAAACAAAAGUACGACACUGAAGGUGGCAGGCGUCAGAGUUCAGUCCUCAAGCGUCCGAGUGCACGUGCAACUGUUGAUCGUCCGUCUCGUGGUGGUUCCGGUGGUGGUUCUGGCGAUCCUCGUAGGCCCUCUACUCAAUCAACAGGAUCAACAGUCUCGCAGCAUGCUACAGCAGCCCAACGCUGGUUUUACUGUGCGUUUUUGACUCUAGUGCGACAUGGCGGCAUCAGGCGCAUACGGGAAAAGUUCGUCAACGAUCUCGCAACCUACAGGUCAAAGCGUGUAACAACCAAGGCCUUUGACGACGAUAGAAAUUCUGAGCUCAACCGCUAUCCAGAUGUCGCUCUCAUCGACCAAACGCGCGUUGUCCUGAGGGAUGGACCUGAAGGUAGCGACUACGUGCACGCGUCAAAGGUGAAGGGCUCUGAGUUUCCGAUGAUUUGUGCUCAGGGUCCGAUCGACGAAUCCAUUGCUAACUUCUGGACGAUGGUUGUAGAGCAGAAUUGCGGAGUCAUCGUUCAGCUUUGCCAAAAUCAAGAGGAAGGCCGUGAGAAGUGCGCAGACUACAUCCCUGCCGAGCCAACGCUGUAUGGGAACGCGACCGUAUCUGUCAAGGAGUCAACCCAUGCUACCGUAGCAAACCCAAGCGUGCACAGGACAGUUCUGGAGGCGUCACUUCCGAGCGGGCGGAGCGUUGAGGUCGUGCAUUUUCUCUACGAUGGAUGGCCGGACCGCGACGUACCACUAUCACCAGCAGCGUUUCGUCAGCUUCGCGGGACGGUCCAAAAGUUGGCAGUGGCACGAAAAUGCUCUGUGCUGAUCCAUUGCAGUGCGGGAAUUGGACGUACGGGAACAUAUGCAGCAAUCGAGAUGGCCUACAGGGACCUGAUUGCCAACGACCGAGAAGUGCAAAUGUCUACAAUAUUCCAGCGAUUGCGGGACCAGAGGGCCCAUGCCAUCCAGACUGAUUUGCAGUACCUUUUUCUCCACCGUGCGCUGAUUGACAUUGCUGUGGAAAAAGGCCGACUGAACCGGGUAGACAAAGCGGGUGGCGUCGACGCGUUCAUCAAAGAAUACGAGGAACUGAUCAAGAGGAAAAGAGAGGAGCGCAAAGAACUGGAACGGAAGCACAAGAGAAGACAUGGACGAGAUUAG